CCUCGUCACAACGUACGUGCGCACGACUGCCCCUUGACUUGAAGUCUUGAACUGUUCCGGGGGAGGGGAUGGCUGGCGGCAUGGCUCCGCUGGGGGUGAAGAAGGAGAGGGCGGCGGAGUACAAGGGCCAAAUGACGCUCGCCGUCGCCAUGGCCUGCGUCGUCGCCGCCAUCGGGGGCUCCAUCUUCGGCUACGACAUCGGGAUCUCCGGAGUGAACACCAUGGACCCGUUCCUCGAGAGGUUCUUCCCGGCGGUGUUCCGGCGAAAGAACUUGGUGAGCCUAAACAACUAUUGCAAGUACGACAACCAGGCCCUCUCCGCCUUCACCUCCAUCCUCUAUCUCUCCGGCCAAGUCUCAACACUUGCGGCCGCGCCGGUGACAAGGAACUACGGCCGUCGUGCCAGCAUUAUCUGCGGCGGCAUCAGCUUUCUUAUCGGCGCAGCCCUUAACGCGGCGGCUGUGAACCUCACGACGUUAAUCCUCGGCCGCGUCAUGCUUGGCGUCGGCAUCGGUUUCGGCAAUCAGGCUGUGCCGCUGUACUUGUCGGAGAUGGCGCCGGCGCACCUCCGCGGCGGGCUGAACAUGAUGUUCCAGCUCGCGACGACGCUUGGCAUCUUCUCGGCGAACAUGAUCAACUAUGGCACGCAAAAAAUCAAGCCGUGGGGAUGGCGCCUCUCGCUCGGCCUCGUGGCAGCACCAGCGCUGCUGAUGACGGUCGGCGGGAUCCUCCUCCCGGAGACGCCGAACAGCCUCAUUGAGCGCGGGCGCGUCGAGGAGGGUCGGCGUGUGCUGGAGCUGAUCCGAGGAACCGCGGACGUCGACGCUGAGUUCACGGACAUGGCGGAGGCGAGUGAACUGGCCAACACCAUCAAGCACCCGUUCCGGAACAUCCUCGAGCGGCGCAACCGGCCGCAGCUGGUGAUGGCCGUGUGCAUGCCGGCGUUCCAGGUCCUAACAGGCAUCAACUCCAUCCUGUUCUACGCGCCGGUGCUGUUCCAGAGCAUGGGCUUCGGCGCCAGCUGGUCCCUCUACUCCUCCAUGCUCACCGGCGCCGUGCUCUUGUUCUCCACGCUCAUCUCCAUCGCCACCGUCGACCGGCUCGGCAGGAGGAAGCUGCUCAUCAGCGGCGGCAUCCAGAUGAUCGUUUGCCAGGUGAUCGUGGCGGCGAUACUGGCGGUGAAGUUCGACGCAGACAAGCACCUAUCGCGGGGCUGCUCGAUCGCGGUGGUGUUCGUGAUCUGCCUCUUCAUGCUCGCGUUCGGGUGGUCGUGGGGCCCGCUCGGGUGGACGGUGCCGAGCGAGAUCUUCGCCCUGGAGACGCGGUCGGCGGGGCAGAGCAUCACGGUGGCCGUCAACCUCUUCUUCACGUUCAUCAUCGCGCAGGCGUUCCUGUCGCUGCUCUGCGCCUUCAAGUUCGCCAUCUUCAUCUUCUUCGCUGCGUGGAUCGCCGUCAUGACCGCCUUCGUCUAUGUCUUCCUGCCGGAGACCAAGGGCGUGCCCAUCGAGCAGAUGGUGCUGCUCUGGAGCAAGCACGGGUUCUGGAAGAACGUCAUGCCGGACAUGCCGCUCGAGGACGGAUGGGGACCCGGUGGGGAUCGUGCUCUUACCGAUAUCAACAUUCACAAGUGAAGAUCAUUUGUGGACAGCAGAUAGAUAUGCGUGGCUCACAGCACGCGACGCGCGCGUGCUUGCAGUGGUUGGAGCGUGUGCGUCUGCGUUAGUUAGCUCUAACUCAUCGUGUUGUAUCAGAGUACACACACGCCGCACGUGCUCAUUUUUGGUGGGUGUGGAGCGUAUGCUCUCGUCCUAUGCUUGGAAAGCAUGAAUAGGGCGUGGUCAGUAUUUUCCCAGCGUGCCUAAGAAACAUACUAGUGGUAACACAGUGCACUAUUACGGAAAAGAAAAACAUACAUAGAAAAUAUUGGUGUUUUCCUCUUUUGUGUCGAUAAUUGUGCUCCAUGUUUCUUAGGGCAGUCUCAUUGAGUAGUAUGGCAUUUUGGAAACCGAUGGAGGC